UACACGGCCAUGUGAUACUUGUACCACUUGCGCAUCUCUACAUAUAUACGAUCCAACCUUUGGAAUUUAUAUUGUUUACCUUUAUAAUAACCAUCCUUCACAUUAGCAAUCAAUCUACACCAACAACUACAACUAAAUUCUAUCUCUCUCUCUAUAAUAAACUAGCGAGCGAGGACGUCAAAUGUAAUAAGAGUAAGAACAAGUACACCUUUUCAUCCACCAAAAUUUAACCUAUGUAUAUAAAUAUACAACAUUACCAUUUACCAAACAUCCAUCUUACAUAUAUUACUCAUCAUCAAGUUCCUACUUUCUCUCUGACAAACAUCACAGAGUAAGUAAGAAUGGUACAGACGAAGAAGUUCAGAGGUGUCAGGCAACGCCAUUGGGGUUCUUGGGUCGCUGAGAUUCGUCAUCCUCUCUUGAAACGGAGGAUUUGGCUAGGGACGUUCGAGACCGCAGAGGAGGCAGCAAGAGCAUACGACGAGGCCGCCGUUUUAAUGAGCGGCCGCAACGCCAAAACCAACUUUCCCCUCAACAACAACAACACCGGAGAAACUUCCGAGGGCAAAACCGAUAUUUCAGCUUCGUCCACAAUGUCAUCCUCAACAUCAUCUUCAUCGCUCUCUUCCAUCCUCAGCGCCAAACUGAGGAAAUGCUGCAAGUCUCCUUCCCCAUCCCUCACCUGCCUCCGUCUUGACACAGCCAGCUCCCAUAUCGGCGUCUGGCAGAAACGGGCCGGUUCAAAGUCUGACUCCAGCUGGGUCAUGACGGUGGAGCUAGGUCCCGCAAGCUCCUCCCAAGAGACUACUAGUAAAGCUUCACAAGACGCUAUUCUUGCUCCGACCACUGAAGUUGAAAUUGGUGGCAGCAGAGAAGAAGUAUUGGAUGAGGAAGAAAAGGUUGCUUUGCAAAUGAUAGAGGAGCUUCUCAAUACAAACUAAAUCUUAUUUGCUUAUAUAUAUGUACCUAUUUUCAUUGCUGAUUUACAGCCAAAAUAAUCAAUUAUACCGUGUAUUUUAUAGAUGUUUUAUAUUAAAAGGUUGUUAGCUAUAUAUUGUUUCUCUUUUUCCACAUUUGUAUCUAAUAAAGUAUUGGUGUUUGUAACUAAAAUCCAGAAGUGACCUUUUUCUUUCUGUAUUAUCUGUUUAGUCUUAUAAUUGCAUUAAUCUAA